AUGGAAUUCUUCCGAUGGAUUGUUGGUUUAACGCCGUCACGAUGCAGGUUUAACAAGAAUUUUCUGAGAAAUGAAGAUUUCACAAAGCAAAUGAUGAGUGUACUUGUAAUCAAUGAAAUUGAGAAAGAAGUCGUCCAGAUGGAAAUGAGCAAAGUUGGUUUCCAGAUGGCAGAGCUGGCGGCAUCCAUGACGGCCGAACAUGUUCCUGAUUAUUCUUGGCUGGCAACCGAAAAUACAACAAGACGACGGAAGAACCUAUCCUUAGAGAUAUGUUCCACAACCUCUGAAUUGGAAAGCGUCGUUUUGUCAGACACUGUUUGUUACUGUUGA